AUGGGAAUAGCGGGAUUCCAGCGCUGGUAUCUGGAGAAUUUCCCCAGCACAGUCGUUACGGUAACUGGGGAGAGCGCGCCUGAGCACUUUGACCACGUGCUUUUCGACCUGAACCAGCUUAUCCACUUGGCAGCGCGCGUCGCAAGAAACCGCGACCAGUUUUUCAUCCGUUUAUUCAGGUGGUUAGAUAACAUUCUUCGGCUUUGUGUACCGAAAAAGUCGGUCUUCAUAGCGUUUGAUGGCCCGGCGCCCUUGGCGAAGCUCGUUACGCAAAAGCGAAGGCGCGUCCUCGAGUCGAGGAAACUCCACCGCACGCGCAAACGCAAACGACGUUGCGGCGUUGAUGUGCUCAGCCUUUCGCCUGGAACAGAACUUAUGCAGCUGACUUUGCAGGCUGUAGAAUUUUACGUUUGUUCUCGACUGCAAUCGAAGCGUCAUUUGUACCAGAACGUGCGUUUCGUUGUGAGUGGUCCGACUGUUCCCGGCGAGGGCGAAAUAAAAAUCAUCGACUACAUCCACCGCUAUGUGGACCCGCAGCACUCCGUUGUCGUCAUUGGCAGCGACGCUGAUCUCGUGGUAUUAGGACUGGCAACGCAGAAAGUUCGGAAUUUCUUCGUCUUCGUUAUCACUCCGCGAGCCAAUAUGCAGGACGCGCCCGAGCACGGGACUGCUCAGAAACGACAGGCUAUAAGCGCCAUCGUCAUUAGCGUCUGGCAGUGGAUUCGGGUUCUUGAUCGUUUUUUCCCCGGUGAAACACCGUCUCUGCGUCUAGAUCUGGUUGUGAUGCUCAUGAUGCAGGGAAACGAUUACUUGCCAAAGCUGCGCGGCACUUCAUUUAAUUCGAUCUGGGAGGCGUACAAGGCUUUGAAAUUGGACAAAGGGCCCAUGCGAGGAAAAUACCUCGUAUGCAGAGAGCAGCGCAGUUUCGACUGGGAAUUCCUGUACGCGCUCAUGAAGCGCCUCAUCAACCCGCUGGUCCCGAAUCUUACGAAAGAGCUCAUCGAAAUGUAUCGAGAAGCGAGCAUACGUGGGCAAGAAGCGCUGAGACUCGCCCAAGCGGGGAAUGCAUCCGUAGAGGCCUCGUCAUCCUGCGAAUCCGAGUCAAAAGAUUCAGUCGAACGCAACGUUCACCCGAGUGAUCUGGAAGAUGGCACCGAACCUGACGCUGCGCACGGCGAAAUUUCGGCGGACGUCACGGAUCCUGAGGAUAUUUUGGAGAAAGUGGAUAUACCGGAAGGCAUAUCGGUGGACGACGACGAGAAGCUGUACGACACAGAGGAAUGGCUGCGAACGUUGCUUUGGGCGCUCGCGAUGUAUAUUGAUGGAUUCUGUCCCGAUUUUUACCACACAUAUUCAAGGGCCUAUGGACCAUCGGCAUCAGACAUUGUUCGAUGGCUUAAGGAGAACGACGGUGAUCCGCUCCUGCAACUGCAACCGCCGUUGAGCGUUGCACCACCGCUACCACCGCACGCAGCGCUGUUAGCCCUGGUCCCGGCGAGCGCGGCGAGGCUUCUACCGCAGCCCAUCUUCAAAAGAGUACUCUUGCGAAGUCAGCAGCAAGCCGAGAACUCCGAAAGCGCCGCAGAGAUGGGAACGAAUGCCGACGAGACUGCAAAACUGAUCACAUUCAUCUUGCAAGAUGACGGGCGACGCACGAAUCGUUCACUUCUUUUGCGUGUUGUCGAAGGCAUCCGCGAUGACGAAUACGAAGAAAUCGAGAAGCAUCGGACCCGGUUAAGCUCGUCGGUGGCUUUCGCACUUCGUCAGGGUGACAUGUCUGGCAAUGGUCGGACGUGCGCGAGCUCCCAGGAGCGGGCCCCAAAACUACCAGAGCCGCCUGUGCAACGGUUCGCCAAGCUGUCGCUGUCAGGUGCAGAGUUCAGCAUUGAGGGCGUCCAACUUACAAGCACGCCGCCGUGUCGCUCAUGGUGCUGGAGUACUGACGGGACGGAAGCGCGUCGAACGAGCAAAAAAGCGGUUUCGGUACAAAAUCUGUCGUACAAGCGCGUAUUUACCCGCAAAAUACAAUCGGAACGUUCUCAGCGGGACAGAAAACGCAUCAACCAUGCGACUGAAAGAAAUCCUUAG